AUGACGCAGCCACCACUCGCGCCGGGCUGCGCAGCAACGGCAACGUGCUCGCCUAACGCGCCGACAUCCGACGGUUGCCGGACGCUGCGCCUCGCAGGCAAACCUCCGAAAUACAUCGGCAUCGAUGUGGACAACACGUUCCACACCUACGACGCCGCGGCCAUGGCCAAAAAUAGGCGGGCGUUCCGAAAGCUUGUGGAGUCUGGGUACAGGCCUGUCCUCGUCACAGGCCGCAUGCUCAAAGCCUCCCUAGGCGUCCUAGACGACCUGUACACCGACGGAGUCUACAGAGGUUACCCGGGCGUCUACCAGAAUGGCGCGACCGUCUACAACGAACUAGGUGAACUCAUUGUCACGGUUUCCUUCAGCAAAAGCUUCAUCAGAGAUGUCUGCGACAUUCUCGAGGAACACAGGCUCGGAGCACAUGUGUUAUUCCAAGCGCCGAACGAGUACUACGCCCUGGCGCACGACAAGGACUUGACAGAGUUGCUGGCCAGGAACCUGAACCUCCCGAGCCCCGUAAUAGAAUCCACGGCGGACGAGAUUUGCGGGGCGGAGAUCACCCACAUUCUGUGCUACCGAUUCGACAAGGUCCAGUUGUACAUGGACGCAAAACCCGAGGUAGAUUACGUUGCCAGAGAGGGGGCGAUGGAAAUCACCUGCAUAAAUCCGCCGCGCGUGAACAAGCUGGAGGGGCUCCGGGCGCUGCUGGGUCACGAGAAUGCCGAAAGCGGCGACUUCGCGUUCAUAGGCGACGGUUCUAACGACGUGGAAGCGCUGCAGGCCUCCCAGUGGUCGUUCGCCGUGGGUAACGCGUCAGACAGCGUUAAGGCCUCCGCCAAGAACGUGCUCGAGGAGACCAACGAUCAGGCCGCAUUCGCCAAAAUGGCGCAGCUCCUAUACGGAAUCAACGUGGAGUGA